UCCCUUCGAUAUUUCAACAACACGUGAAAAGAUUGACGACUAGCACAGGACCCAUCGGUACAAGGUUUCUGCGAUUAAAUACAAAGAUGCAGUGUCAAGCCUUUGAACUUCAGGAUGAACAGGAUGAGGCAGAUGAAGAGGAUCUAGAUGAAUUUGAAAUUGAAUGUAUGCUGUACAGUCAGUUGCAUUAUGAACAAGCCACCGACUCACACAUCAUUGAAGAUGAUAAUACCCAGUUUUUGAUGGAUGUAGAAGAUGUCACUUCAAAUGGGUUAGAUGUAAAUAUUGAAACAGUUCAUAAGAAUGACAAGCCAACAAAAACUGCUUCCUCCACACCUAUGUCUUACCCCCUUGGUUUGCCUACAAGUGCUAUUCAACACAUGAUCUACAGAAACAAGGAUGAGGGGUCAAGCUGUACCUGUUUAGUUGAUAAAAGUAAAUCAAGGAAAAGAAAAUUGAAAACUGUCUCCCCAAAUCAUGCCUCAGAGGACACUGUAAGCAUUUCAGCUUGUAACCAUGGGAAGUCGGCUAAAAGGGAGAAAACAGAACGGAAUAGUGUUGCCAUUGAGAAGACUAUUGUAAUCAGUAGUGACAGUUCAAGUGGUCGUCAUGGUAGCAGGACUAGAGCAUUUGGAAAAUCUUCUCGAGAUGCAAUUACUGUAGAUUCUGAAAGUAGUGUCGAUGACACGCAGACAAGGCCGUAUUAUGGAGAAACAGUUGUCAUUGAAACGGAUAGUGUUCUUGAACCAAAUUCAAGUGUUAUCAGUCUGAGUUCAUCCGAGAGUGACAGCUGGGAUGACAUGGCUUCCAGUGACACCAACUCCAGCACUGAUGUACCGAACAUACAGGUCAACUUCAGACAAGAUGGCCUCCCUCAGAGGUUGAAGGAUGGUAAUAAGUUACAAGGAGACAGACAACAUGAUCCAGACAACUGGAAAAUCAACCAGCAAGAUCGCCUGGGUCAUGUUGUUGGCAUCUCAGGAGGUCGAGGUUCAUCACGUGGAAGAUUCGGUGGUGCAGGGCUUGGGGGAAGAUACUACCGGCCAUCUGCGGUUAGAUGUGUGAACUGUAAUGAAGUUGGCCAUCUAUCCAAAGACUGUCCAAGACCAAAGAAAUCCCAGAUCUGUAUAUUUUGUGGUUACACAGGACACUUCUACCGCAACUGCCCUCAGUCCCUGUGUUACAACUGUAACCAGCCAGGUCACACGGCCCGGUUGUGUGAGGCUCCAAGACACAAGCUGCACUGGAAGUGUUUCCGCUGUGACAUGUUAGGCCACUCUCACGAGAAUUGCCCUGACCACUGGAGGCAGUUUCACCUGACGACAACGGUGAAGCAGCCGUGUCCAGUGAGGGGUCAGUCUGACCACACCAACAAGAGAAGGUUCUGCUACAACUGCGGGAGCAACAAACACUAUGGCUUUGAAUGCGGACGGAGUAGGAUUGAUAGUCACUCAAUGGCCACCUACCCUUUAGUUGCCCGGUAUGACAAGAGGAAAGUCUUGAAGCCAUUAAUGUUUGGAGACCCAGAUGAUGUUCAUUCCCCAUCUGCAGCAGCAAAACAAACAAAACUGGAAAAUAAACGACGAAAGAAACUUGAACAGAAAAAAUCAAAAUCAAUGAAUUCGUCUGAAUAUCACUGUGUGAACCUGAAGACGACUGAGUCAGCCAAAUUAAACAGUGUACAUACAUUCAUAUCAAGGAAGGUGUCUGCCCAUGUACCUGUGGAGUGGAGAACUGCCAAGUCAGCAAAGAAAAACAAGAACAGUUUGAAAAGUAGGACAUUGAGGAAGUCUGAAGGCAGCUAUACCACCUUCUCCGACACUGGUAAACCUUUCAAGAUGGGCAAGAAGAAGCGAAAGAAGGCUGACAACUGGAGAAAUAAACAAACACCUGGGUCAUCAAGCAGGAUCACUCCAAACAGGAAUGGGUUCAAACUGUCAAAAUCUGUCAGAGCAAGGAUGAGGAAGUGAAACAGAUGAAAAUCUAAAUGAUUCAUUGUCCAUGUCUUUCAACUUUAUCAUCUGAUGAGUCAGUUGUUAUGAUUAUGUACGCUAAUUUAAUUGUACAGUAUGAAGAUU